CUUCUGAACAUCUCCAUCUCUCUCUCUCUCUUCAAACUUGGUCCUCUCUCUCUCUGACUUAUCACCAAAUUAGUCCACCACGCAAUCCACCUCUCUGUCAGCAGCAGCGUGCCUCUUUCUUCAAUCCAUAGUUUUCCUUUUGUUUUUGUUUUUGUUUCCUUGCCUAGGGUUUCUCCCAAUUAAUUGUCCUGGGCGGAUGGAUUGGAGCAACGUCACUGCUGAGGAUCUGGUGGAGGCGCUUCGAGAAGUCGACUGGUCCUCCCCGCCGCGUCCAUUCUCCGACUUCUUCUCCCGAUUCACUCUUCCGCGCUCUUAUGCCAAAUGGAACAGUCGCCUCAAAUGCAACCUCUACUAUUACCGGACCAAUUAUUUCAUCAUGAUUGUUUUCAUUCUUGGGUUGGGGUUUCUUAGGAGGCCGCUAGCAAUUGUUGCAGCUUUGAUGGCAGCUCUGAGCAUUGCUUUCCUAAAUGAUAGCUUUGCAGGCACUUUUAAUGAGAAAGUCACAAGAACUGUUCGUCAAUUUUCACCACAUCUAGCUGCCAAAAUGAGACCUCCCCUUACGCCUGUUAUUCGUGGGCGCCCAUCUUCUAGACGAUCCAUACAUAUAUGUGGAUGGCCACGCUGGAUAUUUUCCUUGGCAUUUUCCAUAGUGAGCUGCAUCCUUUGGUUCAUCUCUUGUGGCAUUGUUACUGUCUUGUGGGCGUUAACUGUCGGUCUACUUGCCACCCUCAUUCAUGCUAGCUUUAGAACGCCAAACCUGAAAGCUCGGCUGAAUACAUUCCGUGAAGAAUUCCGCGCAGUUUGGCGCAAUUAUAGUGAGCUGUAGCUUGUGGUAGCUGAGCACAUGUCAGUUUCUUUACCCUGAGAAUGCUUCCCAUUCUCCUUGUGGGAUUGGUGUGCUUAUGAAGAUGGGGUGUUAUGUUCUCUGGCUCAUUUCUGCGUGGCUGUCAAUUCUCAUGGAGCAUGUUCUGCAAAGAUUACAGAUAGAACAUUGUAAAGCUGUUGGAUUCCAUAUGAUUCAGUAUUGAGAAAUCUUUGGAAUUUAUAUUCAAAGAUUUCUUGUUGUGUUGUAUAGAAGUCCACCUCUUAUCAGUGUAGUGCCGUGUAUAAAGUAAUAGCAACUUUGACCUAAAUUGUGUUAGAAACAUGUAUUUUUGGGAUGUUUUUUGUGGUGUUUUAUUGCUUA